AUGGUAGAGAUGCCAGAGACACAGCCAGAAGUACCUGGUCCAGUGGAUACAUCGGUCAGCAGGCUAGAAAGAGGAGACACACCUUUCACAUUUGGACAGAGAAAUUUGGUAGACGAAGAACAAGUGUGGAAUCAUAAUGCAUGGGACAACGUAGAAUGGGGUGAAGAACAAAUCACAGAAGCCGAAGAGAAGCUUGUUAAACAGAGAGAGGCACCUGUCAAGCCCUUUGACAAAAAGCUGUUCAUGUCAGAUCCAGCCAAAUAUUGGAAUCAGUUUUAUAGGAACAAUAGAGAAAACUUCUUCAAAGAUAGGAAGUGGCUAAGAGUCGAGUUUCCCUCGUUAUACGAAGCCACUAGACAUGAUGCUGGUAAACGGGUCAUUCUCGAGGUUGGAUGUGGUGCUGGAAAUACUAUGUUUCCUGUUUUAGAGGCAAAUGAGAACCCGGAUUUAAUGAUCACUGGAGUUGAUUUCUCCAACCAGGCAGUUAAGCUUGUCAAGGAAUCUAAAUCGUUUGAUCCCAAGCACGCUCAUGCUGCUGUCUGGGAUCUUGCUGAGCCAAGUGGAGCUCUACCAGAAGGUAUCGAGGAGCAUUCAGUUGAUAUUGUUGUUAUGAUUUUUGUAUUUAGUGCUCUGGCACCUGACCAGUGGGAGCAAGCCGUUCGCAAUCUUAAAAAGCUCCUGAAACCAGAUGGUGAAAUUCUUUUCAGAGAUUACGGUAGAUACGAUUUAACACAGUUGAGAUUCAAAGGAGGAAGAUUGCUGGAUGAUAACUUCUAUAUUCGAGGUGAUGGCACAAGAGUUUACUUCUUCACCGAAGAAGAGCUCGAGCAAAUAUUUGGCAAGGAGUUUGAAGUUGCCAAGAUUGCUGCUGAUAGAAGAUUACUGGUCAACAGGUUACGAAAAUUGAAAAUGUAUAGAAUUUGGAUGCAAGCAAGAUUUGUUAACAGGUUAGAAUAG